UCUUCGCGGGACUCGGGGGGGACUGUGGAGUGGCGCUCGGCUUCGGAUCAGUCGGAUUCUAGGGUUUUGCGGCGACGCUCGCUUCGCUGAGGAAGCGCAUGGCCCGGCGGGGGGCCCCGAUUUGGGAUUCAAUACGUCAUGUAGUGUUAUUACUGGGGGAGAGAAAGCACAUCCUCAUGAAUUCUUGGUCCAGGUGGUGAUGUCGUCCCUAUGAUUAUCAACGUGCAGAGGUCAUUCAUCGUCGAGGCUCCGAUAGCUCUUUCGGGGCUACCUUAAUACGGAGGGAAUUCGAGAGAAAACUUGUGUAAGGUCUUGGGGAGGAUGAUGGUUGAAAAUGCAAGGCUGCCCGGAGACUAUUACCGUAGCUCGUUCGCGCCAGCUGGUGAAUCCGAGGGAUCUGGUAGUUCGGGACGUAUCGACACGGAGUUUACGGUUUCGGAGGAUUCUAGUGGUCCAGCCAAGAAAUGCAUCAACUUGAACACAAAUAGAGGGGUUCGGUUUUUUGUGCCUUCAGAAGUCCUUCCUCUAUCGAACAUAUCACCUUCUGAAAGAAAAGGCUUGAUACAUAGGUUGAGGCUAGAACUUGAACAGAUCCGGAUUCUUCAGAAGAAAAUUGAGUCCCAGAGAGCAACUGGGGCUACGUUGUCGUCGUCUAGUGAUAUUCUAAGUUGCAGCAAUGGGCAAAAUGGGUUGCAGGCUGCUGAUGCUGCUGCUGCUGCUAAGAAAUCAUCUGCGAAGACUUCUGGGCUGAAAGCGAAAGUAAAUACACCUGAUGGAAAGGCUCGUGGUUGGAAACGUGGUGCAACGGGAAAGUUUGAGUCAGUAAAGCAGGCUUCAGCUCCAAGGGCUGCCAAUCCGACGUUAAUGAAAGAUUGCGAGGCCCUUUUAAAUCGUCUGAUGUCCCAUCAGUAUGGUUGGGUUUUUAAUAAACCUGUUGACGUGAAGUCAUUGAACAUUCCUGACUACUUCGACGUGAUUAAACAACCUAUGGAUUUGGGAACCAUAAAGGGUAAAUUGAGAUCCGGUGCUUAUUCGAGCCCAUUAGAGUUUUUCACUGAUGUGAGGCUUACCUUCAGCAAUGCGAUGACCUAUAAUCCUCCCAGCAACGAUGUCCACUUGAUGGCUGAUGCUCUAAACAAAUUUUUUGAAGUCAGGAGGAAAACCAUUGAAAAGAAACUUGCGGGUGGUGGAGCACAACCAUCAUCAACAAAAUCAGCUCCGCCUGAGGAGGUAAAAGCAGCCAAGUCAACAUCUCUUCCUAAAAAGAGGAAAAUGUCGAGUCAACAAGAAGUUAUGCCUGCACCUCAUCUGCGGGUAAUGACAGAUGAGGAGAAGCAUAAAUUAGGCCAGGAAUUGGAGUCUUUGCUGGGAGAAAUGCCUGAAAAUAUUAUCGAUUUCUUGAGAGAGCAUAGUUCAAAUGGAAGGGAAUCUGUAGAGGAGGAGAUUGAGAUUGACAUAGAUGAUCUCAGCGACGAUGUUCUUUUCACAUUAAGGAAUUUGCUGGAUGAGUAUUUGCAAGAGAAACAGAAGAAGCUAGAAUGUGCUGAACCUUGUGAAAUAGAGAUCUUGAAUGAAUCUGGCUUUAGUAAUUCAUCUAUGCAACCAUGUAGAGGAAACAAUGCUGGCGAUGAAGAAGUUGAUAUCGGAGGAAAUGAACCUCCUGUAUCAAGCCAUUCGCCAAUGGAAAUAGAAAAGGAUUCAGGCCAUAACAGUUGCUCGGAGAGUGGAAUUGAUAAUGUCAAGGCUUCAGACGCUGAAAAAGUGACAAAGGCAAGGGAAAUUGCCGAUUCCGAAGGCCACCGGGAUGAAAAGACCAGGAGCAGCGAACUGAUUGAUAUUAAUCGAUCUCUCAGUGUGUUGGACCAACCUGAGCAGACUUCCAUGCAAAAGGCAGGCUCUGUUGACUCGGAUAGCUUCCAAGACGGGGAAAGUGCUCCUAUCGAGAGGCAGGUCUCUCCAGAGAAGCUAUAUCGAGCAGCUUUGUUGAAGAAUAGAUUCGCUGAUACAAUUCUAAAGGCUCGAGAGAAGACACUCACACAGGGUGACAAGGGAGAUCCUGAGAAACUUCGCCGGGAGAGAGAGGAGCUUGAAAUGCAGCAAAGGAAGGAAAAAGCACGAUUGCAAGCGGAAGCAAAAGCUGCUGAAGAAGCUCGAAGGCGAGCUGAAGCUGAAGCUCUUGCUGAGGCUAAGCGGAAGAGGGAACUGGAGAGAGAAGCUGCUCGACAGGCAUUGCUCAAGAUGGAGAAGACAGUGGAGAUAAAUGAGAAUUCUCGGUUCCUUGAAGACUUGGAAAUGCUCAGGACUGCUCCAGGAGAGCACUUACCGAGCUCUGCCGAUGAGACGAGCCCAGAUCAUAAUCUGGAAGCACUGGGAAGCUUCAAGCUCGGGGGUAGUAACCCUUUAGAACAACUCGGCCUGUUCAUGAAAGCGGACGAGGAGGAGGAAGAAGCCGAACCACCUGCAUUUUCUAAUCACGAAGAUGUUGAGGAAGGGGAAAUCGAUUGAGAUGCGGAGAAGUCGAAGAUAAGUCUUUCGCUGCCUUCUGGACUAAAUGAGCGAACAAAUCUAUGGACAGUGGCUGCCUCACUGAAUCCCUUAAAAAAAAAAACAAAAAAAAAAAAACAAAAAGCAAUAUCAGAAAAGGAAAAAGCAUAUGAAGGGGGGGUGUGUUGGAGCUUCUUGACUCAGUGUUGGCUUGUGAGACUCAUCAGUGGGUAGACUUUCCGAAAUACUGUGAUCGUGUAUCGAACAUCACCUAUCUAGAUAGCGAAAUGUAGACGGAUAUGUGCUGAGUAGCGUCCCGCCGAACGUUGUGUGCUGCUUAAAGUGAACUGCGAUCUCACGCGGUGUCUGUGUCGCUGAUAGAUCGGGAGUUGCCUGGCGAUCCGAUGCAGUAUCUGUGUUGCUGAUAGGUCGGGAGGUCUUGCAGUUGACCGGUGGCCCGAUGCACGAAACUGAAGAAAAGGUUAGUUUUUAAGGGCCUUCUGGGUUAUGGUCGGAGCUUAGAAGAGAAGGAAAUGGACGUAAGCUUCGGUUGUCUUAUGUUGUUGGUUUCCAUAGACACUUGAUGUAUGAAAAUUGUAAUGUUGCUGAAGCAAAGCACUGCGAAGCCCCCACCUGCUUUAAUCGGAGAGACCUUCCAUUGGCGUUCUCCACUUCA